GUUCUGCUCACUACAGAUAUAAGCGGCGGCUCUUGAAGUGAGCUCAUUCUCACUGUUUUCUUGAGGGGAAAAUUGCAGAAAUGGUAGGGCCGACCCGCCCGCAGUUCGUGCUAUUCGGAUCCUCCAUUGUGCAGUUCAGCUUCGGCCAGGAAGGCUGGGGUGCUCUCCUCGCUGAUAUCUACUCACGCAAGGCAGAUGUAGUGCUUCGUGGAUAUAGUGGUUGGAACUCACGCUGUGCUCUUCAAGUUCUGGACCAAGUUUUCCCAAAGAAUGCAGGCGUACAGCCUUCUCUGGUGAUAGUUUACUUUGGAGGCAAUGAUUCAAUGCUACCUGACCCAUCUGGACUGAAUGCUCAUGUUCCGCUUCCUGAAUAUGUUGAAAAUAUGAGGAAGAUUGCUAUUCAUCUGAAGAGCCUGUCAGAUAAAACACGGAUAAUCUUUCUCAGUUGCCCUCCCAUCAAUGAAGCACGGGCUCUUGAAGUUUUCGGUACCUUAGGCAGAUCAAAUGAGUUGGGCAGAAAAUACUCAGAAGCAUGCAUAGAAUUGUGCAAACAGUUGGAUGUGAAAGUAAUAGAUCUAUGGACAGCACUUCAGCAGCGGGAUGAUUGGUUGAUUACUUGCUUUACGGAUGGAAUCCAUUUAACGUCUGAGGGAAGCAAGAUUGUGGUGAAAGAAAUUUUGAAGGUGCUAAAAGAGGCUGAUUGGGAGCCGAGUCUACAUUGGCAGUCGUUAGCCAACGAGUUUUCUGAAACCUCACCCAUCAUAUUUAUAGGUCCCAAUAAGACCCCUAUUAACACUUCUCAACUGACAUUUUAUUGGCAACCACAGUGGAAUUAGAUCUUCUCUUUUCAUGAUGCUUGCUUUCUGCAACUCUAUGAUAAUAUGUAAACAUUUAACAUUGUAUUUUGUGACGGUGGUUUUCGCUGCUAAACUUUCAUGAAUUUACUUAUUUGGUUAGAUAGCC